CUCUUGUCAGUUCCACCAAUGGCUGAAAUUCUCCUCGCGUUCAAAGCUGGAAGGGCCUUCAGAAGGGAAGGUACCAAUAUCGUAGAGCCAAGUCCCACAAAAGGCGCCAUUCAUCUUACGAACGGCGAUGACGGCCUGCUGCAUUUCAUCUGGAAAGACAGGACCACUAACCAACCCGAAGAGGAUCUUAUUCUCUUCCCCUCUGAUGCAACGUUUACCAAAGUAUCACAAUCAACGGGGAGGGUGUACGUCCUCAGGUUCUCUUCUUCAAAUCAAAGGCAUUUCUUCUGGAUGCAGGAUGCCUCCUCCGAUCGCGAUGUAGAAUUCGCAACGAAUGUUAACGGUCUUCUCCAAGAUCCUGAUUAUGAUCUACAAUGGAACGUCCCCACUACCUCAACCACCGCACCCCAAGCUUCGACGUCAACGGCAGCCGUUCCGCAAGCAUCAUCAUCAACCGCCGGCAGUGGUUCAAACUUCCAAGCUACCCCCGAGCAGAUUGCUGCGCUUGAGUCGGCGUUGGCGUCUAUGACUGGUGCACAGGCAGCGCCAGCAGAAGCCUCCCUGACUGACAUACUCACGCCGGCGAAUUUGAUUCCAUUGUUUAACAACCAUCCCGAACUCAUCCCCACGCUCUUCCCCCACCUUCCGCCAGAUCUACCUGUCCCUCCUUCCGCGGAGGUGCUCCAGCGUAUUAUCCAUUCACCACAAUUCCGAGCAGCUGUGGCCAACUUUGAUCAAGCUUUGAGGACUGGACUGCUUGGUGGGCUAGUCAGAGGACUUGGAUUACCUGCAGAAGCGGGGCUGGGCAUCGGUCCAUUCUUACGGGCUGUUCAAGAACAGGCGGAUCGAGGAGAGGGGGCAAUGGAGACGGACUGAGAUGUUACAGUUCAAUGAUCUGGGAUUACCUAUUUCAAUUCCAUUCUUUGUGUUCACC